AUGUCCGAUCAGGGCCUCCCUCCACCAGCGAGUCCGCUCUCUCGCGCCCUGUGGAACUUCUCGUCGCAAUGGUUCCUCGUCCCCCAAGGAACGGGCAUAAUAGCCGUGAUUCUCGAUCGAUUGGAAUAUCAAUUCAAUGGGUUAAUGAUACUCGCCAAGAUUGUAUGGAUUUACACCAUUGUCCUGCUAGGAUCAUGUGUCAUCCUUUAUCUGCUCCGCACCUUCAUACACCCAACACACGUCCUACACCAACUACGGACUAACCUCAUCGAAACAUCCUGCCUCUCAUGCAUCUCCAUCGUGUUCACCUCCAUUCUCCAGCUAGCCGUGCUCCAAUACGGGGAGAAAGCCGGGCUGGCCAUCUAUAUCAUGUGGUGGGUAAACACGGGCAUGGCCAUAAUAGCCUGUCUGGUGAUCCCAUUUGUCCACCUCCAGCUGCAGCCAUCAGGAGCUCGACACAUCCCAGCUGCUGCAUUGAUGCCAUUUCUUGCGGCAUUGACGUCGGCCGCGGGUGGUGGCACGAUAUGUCGCCUCGCACACAUCAGUCCGCGACUCCAAGUCCCCGCCAUCAUCAUUUCAUACCUUGAAGUUGGGGCCGGGUUGGCCCUAGCAGUUGGGUUUGACUCCAUUAUACUGUUUCAGUACUUUGAUUGUGUAUUGCAGACCGCCGAGAAGGUGUAUGGGGAUAUGAUCUUGUGCGGGCCUUUCGGACAGGGAUCGUUUGCGCUCCAGGCCCUAGGUCGUGCUGUCCAGGCGGGUAGCUUUGCGGAGUAUGAUCGAGGCCAAUUCCUCACUGGAAAAGCAGCCAUUCCAAUUGCAUUUGCCAGCCAUCUCGUUGGUCUUCUUGUCUGGGGGUAUGGGGUAUUCUGGUGGUCGUUUGCGAUCAUAAGCAUCUGCCAUGCUCUUUACACACAGCCUGGGGGUUUGAAACAAACCCGAUUUACCUUGGCUACAUGGUCUGUGGUCUUUCCAUGGGGCGUUUUUACCAAUGCCGCCGUUGAAUUUGGGAAAAUUAUGGACUCCGCUGCCUUUGCCGUGGUCUCCACCGCCCUGUUACUGCUUCUCUUGGUCAUAUGGAUAACUAUACAGAUCCUGACUUUGAAGGGCAUCUUCACCGGGCGUCUUUUAGGCUUGGAUCACGGAUGGAGAAGGCGACGCCACGACCGGGAGCACACGGAGGCCAAAGACGUGUAA